AUGCACCAAUGGAGACAUGUUACUGAAACUGAUGGUCCACUUCGUUGGGGAAUGAAGGGAAGGAACUCCCAUGAUAUCUUAUCUAACUUCGAUGAUCCAGACAUGAUGCCUUAUGUUACAAAUUCUGGUGAUUAUCUUGAUGCACUAGGCUUUGAAGAAUUGCUGGAGCAUCUUGCUCAGGCAGAGAGAUUAAGACUAGGGGCACCUCCUGCUGCUGUCUCCUUUUUGAAUAAUCUGCCUCUCAUUCUUAUUAGUAAGGAACAUGGGAAGCAUGAUGACUUAGCCUGUGCAAUUUGCAAGGAUGUAUUGACUAUUAGCACUGCAAUGAAUCGGCUUCCUUGCUUUCACUUGUAUCACACUUCCUGUAUUCUGCCAUGGUUGAGUACACGAAAUUCUUGCCCCCUUUGUCGUUAUAAGAUACCAGCUGAUGACAGAGACUACGAAGAGGGGAAGCGAAAUGCUGGUGGUAGAGUGGAGAUCCACACCCGGCGGCAGAAUGCUAGAGAUGACAGGUCUGCUGGUGUUUUUAAUAGAGCUGAAGAAGGCGAAGAUCAUGCUUUUAGUGAAACUAGAGUUAAGUAUAGGUUCCAAGUAGGUAGGGAAUCUGACUCUAAUACCUCCGGUGGAGAAAAUAGUCAAUGA